UGGGAAAAGGAGAGGAGAGGCAGAGGAUCCUGGUUUGACCGACGUACGUUGAGAAGCGGGAUCCAAUGAUUGGUUUUUAUCCGUCCUUCACCAAAUCUAAAUCUUCCAACAAUGCCUUCUCUAAGCUUUUAAACCUAAUUUCCCUUCUUCCCUUCCCUUCCCUUUUUCUCUGCCCUUCUUCUCUUCAGCUCUCUCUUCAGCAGCUGGAGGAGAGAGAGAUCUGGGUUUCUCUCUCUUCUGCUGCCUCAAUUCCCUCUUUCUUCUCUGCCCAUUGCAGAAAAAUCUUCGUUCAGGGGCUUCGUUUCGGGCGGAUGAUUCUGUGUUUCCUUGGGACUUUUUGCGUCGAGGGGGUGUUUUCCGGGCGAAUUAGGGUUUCAUCUCUCUGUUGGGAGGUGAGCGGACGCGACCCAAUCAAUAAUCGCCAUGAAUAUGAUGCGUCGUCUUAAGAGCAUUACUUCUGGUCGGACUUCCAUUUCUUCUGACCCGGGUGGAGAUUUUGGCAUAAAGCGAGCAAAAGUUGAUCAAGAAACUGAACAGAAGGUUGAUGGGGUUUCCGAUGAUGUCGAAACAGUUGCCUCUGGUUUAGACCCGGAUUUGGCUUGCACUUCUUUGGAUAAUGCUGCGAGCACUUCAAACAUUUCAUCAACAGCUGGAGCAGAGAAAUCUGGUUUUGAUCACCUUCCAAGGGAAAUGCGUGAAAUGAGAAUUAGAGAUGAGAAAUCCAACCAUGAUGAAAAGGACUUUGAACCUGAUGUCGUGAAUGGCAAUGGGACAGAAGCCGGUCAGAUAAUUGCAACUACAGUUGGUGGUCGAAAUGGAAUCCCCAAACAGACAAUCUCCUAUAUGGCAGAGCGCGUGGUCGGUACUGGUUCUUUUGGUGUUGUCUUUCAGGCUAAGUGUUUGGAAACAAAUGAAGCCGUAGCAAUAAAAAAGGUGCUGCAGGAUAAGAGAUAUAAGAACAGGGAACUCCAGACUAUGCGCAUACUCAACCAUCCUAACAUCGUGCAACUAAAACAUUGUUUCUUUUCCACUACUGAUAAAGAUGAGCUAUACCUCAACCUUGUCCUGGAGUAUAUAUCCGAAACUGUCUACAAAGUUUCUAAGCAUUAUAUCAGGACACACCGGAGUAUGCCUAUUAUUUAUGUGCAGCUUUAUACAUAUCAGAUUUGCCGGGCUCUAAAUUACUUGCAUCAGGUCGUAGGAGUAUGUCACCGUGAUAUUAAGCCUCAGAAUCUACUGGUUAAUCCUCACACUCAUCAACUAAAGAUAUGUGAUUUUGGGAGCGCAAAGAUGUUGAUGCCAGGAGAACCUAACAUAUCUUAUAUUUGUUCACGGUAUUAUAGGGCCCCCGAACUCAUAUUCGGGGCAACGGAGUACACCAAUGCCAUAGAUAUGUGGUCGGUUGGUUGUGUAAUGGCUGAGCUUCUUUUAGGACAGCCUCUUUUUCCUGGGGAAAGUGGUGUUGAUCAAUUGGUAGAGAUCAUCAAGAUAUUGGGAACACCAACCAGAGAGGAAAUCAAGUGCAUGAACCCAAAUUACACCGAAUUCAAAUUUCCUCAGAUUAAAGCACACCCGUGGCAUAAGAUAUUUCACAUGAGAAUGCCUGCAGACGCCAUAGAUCUCGUGUCAAGGUUGCUCCAGUAUUCGCCCAACCUACGUUGCACCGCGUUGGAGGCUUGUGCACACCCCUUCUUUGACGAUUUGAGAGAUCCAAAUGCAUGUUUACCUAACGGCCAAGCACUACCGCCAUUGUUCAAUUUCACAUCUCAAGAACUUGCUGGUGCAUCGACUGAAUUGCGUCAUCACCUCAUACCUGAACAUGCACGAAGUUAAAUUAACAUGAAUAUGGGCUCCUGGAUAUUGUUGAUCUUUGACCAAACCAACCCCGGAAGAUCAUCCAUCACCACUGUCAUCAAAACCACCUGCUGGUAACAUGGAGAAUCAAAGGGCGGCGUGAACACGCUGAGAGGGCGAAGGAAGCAGCAACGAGGCUCGUCUUCUUCGUACUAAUGUUAAUACAAAGCUUCAUCAUGGGAGGCGUAAUUUCUGAGAGUGUAUGAGAAUGUACACUUUGUUGGAUGAAAGUAGGCUUCUUGGAUGUAUGUAUGUAUGUAUGUAUACUAUUCAAUUCGAGUUUUGCUUAACAUCA